GCCCGGAAGGGAGCGGCGGCGAGCAUGGCGAUGGCGGAGAAGUUCGACUCGCUGGAGGAGCACCUGGAGAAGUUCGUGGAGAACAUCCGCCAGCUCGGCAUCAUCGUCAGCGACUUCCAGCCCAGCAGCCAGGCUGGCCUCAACCAAAAAUUGAAUUUUAUGGUGACGGGUUUGCAGGAUAUCGACAAGUGCCGGCAGCAGCUUCACGACAUCAGCGUGCCCUUGGAAGUCUUUGAAUAUAUAGAUCAAGGCCGUAAUCCUCAGCUUUACACUAAAGAGUGUCUGGAGCGAGCUCUGGCUAAGAAUGAGCAAGUAAAAGGAAAAAUUGAUACAAUGAAGAAAUUUAAAAGUCUGUUAAUUCAAGAACUAACCAAGGUUUUCCCCGAAGACAUGGCUAAGUACAAAGCUAUUCGAGGUGAAGACCCUCCUCCUUAAGUUGGCCUUCAAUAGCUCUAAAAAUGUCAAUUCCAUAAAUUGAUGCUUACCUCUCUUUUUUAUAAAAGCAUUGUUUGGAGGGAGGGGGGAAAACAAGCCUUCAAAUCAACUGUACUGAAAGAUACAGCAGUGAAAGACUGGAAAGGAACUUGAUGAUCGCUGAUAAUUCUGUUUCUGAAGCUACUGAAUCUUUCUAGAGAUUUGUGUCCAAAGAUUACAGUUGAAAUUUCCUGUGAUACCGACAGGCAGUUAAACUGCAUUUUUCACAAAGUGCAUUUCUAGGGGAGAAAAACAAAGUUUUUUGUUUUCUGAUAAUGUGCUCAAGGACUGUGAAUUGGUCUGGCUUGGGGAGAAAUGUAUUUCUUAUUGCUGAUUAUUUUUCAUUUGUAAACUGCUUUUUUUGCAGUAAAAAAAAAAAGACUGCUUUCAUUUUGCAAAAUUCUACUGAAAUGGAGCCCAUCGAAAGGGCUGCAGUUUUCAUAUGUCUUAAUGAAUUGCAGUCAGGAAGACAGGUUUGUUCUGUGAGCUGCAGUGCAGAUAGCUGAGGAUAUAGAAAGUGAGUGUAUUCAGGGAUUGGCUCCUCAGCAAUGUUUAUUCUGUAUAAUAAUAUUUCAUGGUGACACUAAAUUCUAUUAAUUUUCUGUAAGCAAGUUGUACAAUAAAAAUUUGAAAA